GCGCGUGCUCAGAUGAGAAUGGCGGCUCUUUUGGAAUCGCUGCUGCUUGGGAAAGUACAGGCCGAUAAGGCCCUACUUUGGCUUACAUACAAGCAGAGCUCAAAAGACCAGCCAUCAUGUGAACCAUUACUGCAGGUGCAGCGGCAGGAGUUUGUGUCUUUCCUGCUGAACUUCUUAAGAGAUCAGAGCAGCCACACCCUCACCCAUGGCCCCGCCACACCUGCCAAGACGCCCGUCAGCUCACGGUCAGCCGCUCGCUCUGCGCGUCCGUCCAGUGAGCGCAGCAGGGGCGGCCGCUCCGCCGGGGGUGGCACCGGCUCGCGCAGCACCAGUCGCGUCCAGCUCUUCUCACCCGCCCCCUCGGUGUCGCCGCUCGGGGGGAGCCAGUGGGAAGGCUCGGCGGCUGCGGCCACCACCCCGAGUGGAGGUGACGUCAGUGGGGCGAGCGGCGUCAGCAGCCCUUCCUUCAGCUCGGUGUGGAGCCCUGCGGCGCGGGCUCCGCAGUCGGACCGCCGCUCAGCGCAUCGCUCCAGCCUGGGAGACUUCAUGGCCGUAUCGCCGCCCGAGAUGCACCCACAGCACAGCCCCUCCAUGGCAGCAGGGCAGCAGCAGCACCAGCAGUAUCACCGUGGGCGCAGGCGCAGCGGGGGGUCUGGAGGUGGGGGCAGGGGCGGAGGAGGAGGCGGCCGCGGUUUCCAGCAGGACGACCCCUCGGCGUCCUGGGAGAGGGGCGUUAGGAGAGGGAGGGGAGGGAGAGCCAGUGAGACAGUGUCACCGCCCACGCAAGUGACGCUCAACUUCAACAACUUGGAGGAUUUCCCUCCGAUGGGGGCAUCCCAGCAUGCAUCACCAAUCUUGACCAAACCUUCCCGUCGCAUCAACCCCACUCCGGUGAACGUGGAGCGGCCUCACUCCCGACCCAAGAGCUGUUUCACCUCCACGCCGCUCAGCACUCCCUGCAGCCCCCCCUCCAUCCCCGAGGGGGCCGUGGUGGUGGGCAGCGUGCCGAGCCUGCAGGAGGAGAGAGAGAUGCUGAGGAGAGAGAAGUCUAAACUUCAGCAGCAGACUUGCUCACCUCUGAAGCCCACCCCAGAACCCUGCACACCUACCAAACAGGUGCGCAUGGACUCUACCGUAGCUCAGGACCCCCAGGCCCCCAGCCCUGACCCCUCGAAAGUCACCCUGACCACUGAGCUGGACCUGUUCACUGAACUCUACUGCACAUGCAUUUCAGAGAACCUUGUGCCUAAUGUGUUCCUGGAGCUGUUCUUCGUGCUGCAGCUGCUGACGUGCCGCAGCCCUCCGGCUCCAGAGGCGGACAGGGACAGUCUUUGUGCCAGUGGCCAAGACAUGCUGGAGAGGGGCUACUUCAGAGAUGUGCACAACUGUGUGUAUUUUGCUGUCAAAGUUCUAGAGAAUCAGUUUGAGUUGGUGUCUCACCUGGACAAGGGCACACUGCGUCUGCUGGCAGAGAAUGAGAGGGUGGGCUUGUUCGCUCCUGCGCUGAGAGAUCGGCUGGCCCUGGCACAGGACAACAGCACGGCCAAGGUCUCCCCCUCGCUACCCGCCUUCAUCCACUCGGUGCCAUUCCAGCCGGCCACAGACAACCGCUCCAACUUCAGCUGUGACAAAGCCUUCCACAUAUUCAAGAAGCAAAGGGAUAUCUUUUAUGAGCUGCUGAGAGACUGGGAGGAUUUCCAUAAGGAGCCUGGCUGGGACUUUGAGGCAGCUCUGGGCAGCCGAGUCCGGAUGAUGGUCAGUCAGCUGACGGCUGCGGGGAAUCAUGCCCACUUUGCUCGGCUGUUCCAGAAGCAGCUGGUUCAGAUGUGUAAAGAGCCGGGGGUGCGCGGCUCCUUUGGCGAGGCCCCGGACGCGGACGUGCUGAGCAUCCUGGGAGCCGACGGCCUGAGCCGGCUGAAGCGUCUGCAGGAGCGCCUGAUCCAGCCGCAGGGCUUCAUGGGUCCCUGCCCCCCGCCCUCCUUCCCAGGGUACCAGGAGUUCUUCAGAGACUUCCUACAGACGGCCAGCUGUUGCCAGCUGAACCAGCACCUGAAGGACAGCAUGUGCCAGGAGCUGCUGCUUCUGGACGAGGUGUCCAUCCUCGGGUCGCCAGCAGGUGGCAGUGGUGGGGAAGAGGAAGGAGACGGGGACAUGGACCAACAGGAUGAGAAGCAGAGGUUCUCCUCAGUGCUCCUCGUGGCUCGUUUGCUGGCUAAGUUCCUGGGUUUCAUCUCCUUCCUGCCUUACCACACCUCUGAUCCUCCAUCCAAAGAGAUCCAGCAGGCAGCCAUUGCGCUGCGUAGCAAGAGCUCCCCAGUGUUGGAUGUCUGCGCCGUGCUGCGCAGUUGUGUGCGCAGACGCAGGCUGGUGCUGACGGUGCCCUGGCUGGUGGAGUUCCUGUCCAUGAUGGACUACACCGGACCCUACCUGCCCUGCUUCAGAGCUGCCUUAGGCUUACUGCUGCACCUCUACAGGCGAGUGUUGCUGGGCAGAGGAGCUGAGAUGUGUUACCUGAAUCAGCUGCUACUGGUUGCAGUCCUGGGCUGGCUCUUCCAGAUCCCUGUGUUUCCAGAGGACCUCGUAUUCAGCGAGGAACUGGACUUCAGCGAAGAGACCUUGGCUGGUUCCCAGGGCCUGGACACUCUCCCCCUGGUGGAGCAGCAGCUGCUCUACACCUGCUGCCCGUUCUUGGGUGAGUUCCGGAAGCUGCUAGCAGCCUUUGUGGCAGGAAGCAGUGCCAAGAGUGGGGGUCUCAUACGCAAGAUUACGCCCACCUCUGCGGAUGCGGAGCCUAGAGACCAACCCACAACCCGCUCCCAGCAGAAACUACAGAUGGAGUUGGAGCAGGCAUUCUUCCACAACCAACCUCCAUCUCUGAAACGGACCGUGGACUUUGUGGCAGAGCGAGUCAGCUCCAACUGUGUCAAACACAUCAAGGCCACUCUGGUGGCAGAGCUGGUGAAGGGUGGCGAGCGGACCCUGAGGGAGGCGCUGGCCUUGGAAAGUGCCAACGUGGCCAAGCUUAAUGACGCCAUCUGCACCCAGCUGUGUGACAAGGGCAAGCAGGCACAUGAGAGGGCCACAAGGUUCUGCAGUGAGAAGGGUCCAGAGGCUAUACGCGUCCUGUUGCCUGAGGAGACCUCUCCAGCAGUUCUCAGCACUUCGGAGAGCAUCACGACUCGGCUGGCCACAGAAAAAGCCUGCACCUGGCUCUCCUCCAACAUCACAGCGUUGAUCAAGAGGGAGUGGAAGGUUGUGUUUGACCGUGUCCUGAAGACCCUUCCCAGCCCUCCGACCCCAAGCGCAGACAUGUUGGCAGCGCCCCAGACUCAGACCCCCACAGACGCCCAGAAGGUUGGUGGGGGACCAGCCUCGGGACCAACAGACUGUCCCUCAGAGUGCACUCACCAAGCCCCCAGAGCCUCCAACGUCAUCACAGAGAUAAAGGAAGUGUUGAGCAUCGCAGUGGGGCCCAGAGCCGAGGAUGAGGUGCUUACCAUCCAACAGCUGCAGGCUCUAUUGAACCGAGCAAGAGAUACUCUAGAAUGCCGGAAGUUUCUGUCUGUGGUGCCGGAGCAGAUGCUGGUGCGAAGCACAGUCAUGUUGGCCUGCAGGCUUGUAUCGGGAGAGCUGCCUCUGUUCAGCCCCAUGGACCGUGCUGGCCUCCGAGCCCUCCUGGAGCAGUUGGCGAGCCUGUGGGGUAGCAGCCCGCUCCCCUCCAUACCGCUCCACCUGCUCUUCACCUCCUCCAACCUCACCGCCGUGCUCAACAACGCAGACAAUUGCCAUCACUUCAGAGUCUUGGUCCAGCUGCUUUUGGAGAAAGGACUUCUGGGAAAAGAAGAUGUGGUGUCACAUUGGAGAAGUUUAUUGGAGCUGUCUUGGACAAUGGAGUCCAUUGAGAAGAUCCAGGAGCUGUCCAUUUCCUCUGUACCCCCAACACCAGUCUCUUUACCAAGGCACAGAGAUGUCCUGCAGAUCUCCCAGUGAACAGCAGAGGGCACCCUCUCACCACAUCACAUUAGAGCACUUGAGGAAACUUUUUACAGGGUUUGCAUGCUGAGAUGUCACCAUUACCAAAGACGCAUUAUGUGGAGCGUACUCCUUCAUGAAGGAGUACAUGUGCUGCUAGCCAAUCAGAUGAGUUUGUUUUGAGAUGGUUGGCUCUCUGCUUAGUGUGUGAAAGUCAUUUUUCCCCUUUACUUGGAGUCUCUGCCAUUGCUCAUGAAAUGACGUCAUAGCCUUUAAUGAUACUAUUUCCUCUAAGGUUCUGUACCAGAUCUAAAGAGCCAGUGAAUGCCGUUUUGCGGUUAGUGUCAGCCACUGGCACGGACUCAGAUGCUGUCAGGUUUUUUUUUUUUUUAAAGUGCCUUUAGCAUUUAGCAGCCAGACCAUUUCAUUUGAAACACCAAUUUAUGUUUCACUACUUUCAGGAUAAGUCCAGCCAGCCAUCCUUAUUUGGAAUGAGAAUGUUCCCACAGGUUCCAUAGUUCUGAUUCACUCACUGGUCAUCUCCGUGACCUUGAUGUGCUGUCCUCCUUUCCUGUUCCACUGGCACAUUCAGUGGGAUUAAAGGGAAAAAGAGAUUCAGAUGAAAUCUAAUUGGCCAUAUGUUAAUCUGGUACUUUACAUGAACUGUCCCGUUUAAGAAUGAGGCUGAGGAGAAAGACUGGCCAGGUGCCGGUGUCGCUAGACGUUUGCCAGUUAAAGGAGGGAAAUGAGGUGAAACUAUAGGAAUUAACGAGGUAAAAUAUAGAAGUUGAUGAGGUAUAGUAAGGAAAUAUAGAACGGUCUUAUAAUGGAGUAAUCAAGUUCAUCAAAAGAUUAUUUAAUUUUAUAUUUAUAUUUUAACAAUAUAUCCUAAUUAUGUUUGUCCUGUCUUGAUAUACACUUCAACUUUAUACGAACAUUCUGCUAUGCUGCUUGUUAUUUGGGAACUAUGCGUCUCAUAAAUGUAUUGAGAUGCAUUUGUGAUAGACUAUUAGUUCAUGUUGGACUUGUUUUUCAAAUGUCAGUUGCUUGUAAACUGUUGUCAUGUUUUAGGAUAAAUUUGUAUACAAGAAUAAAGAUAUUUUAAAUGUGAAAA